ACCCACAGCCCUGCUGAUCUCGGUGCACCUGUUUUCCACAGCACCCAUGGCGCAGGUGCUGGGCAUCUCCUUCACAGCCACUGAGCUGUUGCUGGUGACCGCCAUCUUCGGCCUGGUCUUCUGGGCCAUCAGAACCUCCACAUCUCGGGUACCCAAAGGCCUGAAGAGUCCGCCAGGGCCCUGGGGGUGGCCAGUGCUGGGGCACAUUUUGACCCUGGGGAAGAACCCCCACCUGGCGCUGACCAGGCUGAGCCAGCAGUAUGGGGACGUCCUGCAGAUCCGCCUCGGAUCCACCCCCGUGGUGGUGCUGAGCGGCCUGGACACCAUCCGCCAGGCCCUGGUGAAGCAAGGUGAUGAUUUCAAAGGACGGCCAGACCUGUACAGCUUCUCUCUAGUGACCAAUGGCCAGAGCAUAGCCUUUAACCCGGACUCUGGGCCCGUGUGGGCUGCCCGCCGGCGCCUGGCCCAAGAUGCCCUGAAGAGCUUUUCCAUAGCCUUGGACCCAGCCUCCACAUCUUGCUAUCUGGAGGAGCACGCAAGCAGACAGGCCAAGAGCCUCGCAGACACUUUCCAGAAGCUCACGGCAGAGUCCGGGUGCUUCGACCCCUAUGAGCAUCUGGUGCUGUCGGUGGCCCGCGUCAUCAGUGGCAUGUGCUUCGGGGGGGAACUUCCGCAGAACAGUGAGAUGGUCACCGUGGUCACCACCAGCCAGGACUUCGUGGAUGGAGCCUCUUCUGGGAAUGCCGUGGAUUUCUUUCCCAUCCUCCGAUACCUGCCCAACCCCUCCCUGAAGAGGUUUAAAGUCUUCAACCAGAAGUUCAUCACGUUUCUGCAGAAAACAGUCCAAGAGCAUUACCAGGACUUUGACAAGGUGAGCCAUGGAUGCAGGUGA